AUGAUUACGGAAAAAUUCACGGUACUAGUAUUACUGAUAUUUCUAUGUAUGAUAUCGUUCUUCUUCUCCUUACAUGCAAAAGAAUUUCGUUACAAGCAUUACACAUUCAGAAAGAAGCAGCGACUAGUAAGUAAUUUGCCUAAUAUAAUUAUGUUAGGCCAUAAGCUUUCAACAUUUUGUUUGUGCUAAGCUUAAGCUUAUAUGAGGGUCUGAAUGGGGGGGUCCACUUGUCGGUUGUCGGUUAAAAUUCAGUUACUUUGUCGGUAGUCGGUUAAAAUUUUCGAUCUUUGUCGGUAGUCGGUUAAACUUUUUUAUUUUGGUCGGUUGUCGGAAAAUCUCAGUUAAUAAGUAAAAACGCUUGUUAAUUAUUAAUAUUUUUUAUGUAUUUCACCCAGUUUCUAGACUUUGAUCCCUAAGGAAAGAGUAAAACUUGUAAAAAUGCAUCAUUUGAUUGCACUGAAGCCCAUUAACUCUUGUUUGUUUAAGCAACAUGAUCGUUUAUUUCACCAUUGUUUGCCAAAUUAAUAUCAUGAGUACUGAUAAAAUCACCAAACCUUUGAUUGUAAAUGCGAACUUGGUUUCCCUGUCGACUACAGGGCAAAGUAAGAAGUAAUUAAUUAAUGAAUGGACUCCAGCCUUUUGGGUACUUAAAUUGUUCUUAGUGAAAAACGGCAAGGGGUGACAGGGUGCACAUCUAUACCUUUAAUGUGUUGGCUCUAACAAGCAUGUCCUUUGCCAUAAUUUUUCUUUCUCAAAGAAAUAACACUUUAACCCUCGGACGGAGAAGGAGUGGGGGGGGGGUGGGGAGGGUGGAUGCCACCCCCUUCUGGGAUUUUUCCACGAGGAUAAAACAUCAGCACCGGACGUUUUCAGUAGAUAUUCGUUUAUGAUCCCUUGCACGCAUUUUGAGACGAGUUCAGUGAUGAUCAGUUUCUAUGGUUACCAGGUAUGACGUAACAAGUAGCAGGUGGUCAAGCCAGUUUGAGUGAAUUCACCUUUUUUCAAAAAUAAAAGUAAAUCUUGUGGCUAAAAUCAUGCAAAGUGUUAUUUAUGUGUUAUUAUUCACGUCAAGCAAUUACCAUUUCUCGCUGUUUUAACCUGAUUUCUAAUUCUUGGUAAAAUCCAAGAUGGCGGACAAGAUGGCGACCAUUGUUGGUCACGUCAUAGGCCUCCAGCAGCGCCACCAUUCAUAAAAUAUACCUCAUCUUGUUAAGAAGAUCAAAGGCCUUUCAGUGAAGGCAAAAUCGCUUUGAAAUACUGCAACAUAUCAAAAACUCUGGGGAGGGGUUCCAUCUACCCUCCUCUUGGCGGGGGUAUGAUUUUGCGUGUACGUCCGAGGGUUAAGUGGCAAGGUAGUUGUAGGUUUUGUAUAAGAUUACACUUCUUCAUUAAAGUUUCUUUUAUAAUACACACUAAGGGCUUGUAUUGCGUCAUGAAAGGCAAUAUUUCUUUUUCUUCCUUGUUGUUUUGUUUCAGGAGCGUUGCUUUCCUUCUGUGAAUUUUACUUCUAAUAGCACUGAAUUUUUCUUUCAAAAUUGUGUGGCCACCCUCUGUACAUCAACCGCUUUUUACCGGGGCCUAGCCUAAGGCUAUAUUGCUGGCUCGUUACUUUUGGGAGUGUUCGCUGAGAUGUAUCGCUGGUUGAGAAAUUUGAAGUAGGGAGCAACAACUGUAACCAUGUAAAUAUUAAUUCGAUUAGUUUGCACACGGAAUCGUUUAAUGCCACUAUAUUUACCACUUAUCAAUAAAUGAGAUCCCAGUCUAUUGCAAAAUAUUAGUACAGUAUUCAUCCUAGCGAUGACAAAGCUUGGUCGAGGUAGAACUGUGUACACUACGACAAAGCAAAAAUCUUAACUUAUUAAACUUGCAUGCGCCAAGCUUUAUUUAUGCGUUUCAAUACCUUACAAUUCGCACUCCCUGCAGGAAACUUCGUCAAAUAUUUUCCGAAAAACAAUUAAAACUCAUUAGGAGGAAGUCUAUCACUGCUUUGACUUGUGAAGCAACAAAACAAAAUAUUUUCAAAUAACCUUUGUCACGCAAUAUUUACGUUAGCGAGAUGCGCAAAUUCUCAACUGUUCAAAAUACGGGAUUCCCUAACAUUUUGUCUUUUCACAUUAAUCAUUACACCUUGUUUUCAUCUCUAAAGAAUAUUUGCAAUAAAAAAGAUUUUCAUGUCGCCCGACAAACUUGUUGAUGAAAACGACCCUUCCACGUGGGUUGCCAAGACAAAAGUGGCCCCGGUAAAAUUCACGAAGUGAUUCUUGUUGAAAUCUGAAAUACUUCCUCAGAGGAGUUUUUUCGUAGAAUGCUCAAGGCUUCUUGUUUGUCAAAUCCAUUUUUUUACAAUUGGUGGGUGAUAAGAAGUGAAAAUGUAUAUGCUGGGAGGUUUCCGUUUAAAAUGCGUCUUUACGUCAAUGAUAGCUUUUUCUCAUUUUUCGUUGAAUGUUGUGCCUUGGUAUACAACCGGGUCUAAAAAGAUUGUCUCAGUGUCAGAUAUUUCAGCUGUAAAUUUCAUAGCCAGUAGAGUGGUAGGGUGAAGUAAGUUUACUUGUUCCGUGAAUUUGAAGAAAUCUACCAUGUUUACUUAUGUCCCAUAGGGAAAAAUAUCAUGUAGCGUUUUCAAACAGUUGGUUAAAAAUUUAAAGACGGUUUUGCUUAAACUUUGUGCUUCAAUAUAUGCGGCCAUGAAAAUGUUGGAAAGGAAACUGCUGUAUGUGCUCAUCGCGGUACUGUGGUAUUUUUCUCACUGAUAGUGCUUUCCAUUAAACUAGAGCGAAUUUUCUUUGAUGAUUAAUCUAAACAUUCCUCGUACCGAAACAAGAAACGUUCAGUUUUUUCACCUUUGUCUUUUCAAUAAAAUUUAUAAAGUCGGUAGCAUCUCUAAGGUGUGUCUUCUGUGAUUAUGAUAUUAGUUGUAGUAAUGUUGUAGAAAAAAAUGCAAAAUUCUCUUUUUUCUGAAAACAAAUAUUGAUAAUGUCAGCCCAUGUCGGUAGUCGGUAAUUUUUUACUCGUUUUGUCGGUAGUCAGUACUAUUUUUCGCCCCUUGUCGCUAGUCGGUUAACCCCAUUCAGACCCUCUUAUAUUUUACUGCUUAUGUUCAGUUGAUGAACCGUGCAGUGUUUUGUUUCUUAUAUGCAUAAGUCAUGAGGGCUUUGACCUAGUGCAAGACCCUGGAUGUAAGAAAAUGGAAUUGAGCGGCUUAUUCCAUAAUAAAAUUAUUAAAACAUUCCUCGGCAUAAUAAACAAGCAAAUAAGAAUGUAUAGUAAAAACUCCAGUGACUAAAUGGGGACGUUAAUUCCUCCCCUCCCCUCCCCCCGCUCCCACUCCAAAGAUGGUGGACAAAUGACCCAGCCCCUGUGGACAAAUGUAUCAACAGUGCUGACAAAAAAUGAACUCUUUGGAUUUAAUUUUUCAAAGGGUGCCAACAAACAUUCGAGGGUGUGGAUGCCAGUCAUCCUUAGGCAAGGGGGGGGGAGGGGGGGAGGUGUGGAUAAAAAAUGGAACAUCCCGUAAUUAUGGUACACCAGUCAUGUCUGUGAGCUCUUACCAUUUGUAUGGAAAACCCAUGGAACGGUUCAUCCUGGUGGAAAUUAUCCGCAAAAAAAGUAAUACCUUUCGAGGUAUUAACUUUUUCCCCUUCUUACCGAAACGACUGAAAUUCUCUGUACCAUUUGUUUGGAUUACCAGUGCCAGGCUUCAUGUUGAGAGAAAGUGAAAAAUUUACCGGUAUUUUGUAAAUGGUGCAACUAAAUCCCGUUCCUGUUUUCAGUGCCAAAAAAAAUACUAGUACCACUUGACAGAAAUUUUUCACCAAAAUUUCCGUACAAAUGGUAAGGGCUCCGUGUCUUGGUCUUGUCCCUUUUAUAAGCAUGUAACAAAAAUGCAAAAAUUUAUAAACUAAGGGACACUUUUUUUGUGUGUAUUAUGAUGAAAAAAAAAUUGUGAUAUGUGGGCACUCUAAUAAAUUUAAUCUAAAAUUUUCCCUCUGUCUUUCAAUUGUUUUAGGCUAAGAAGUACUCACCACUGGAAAAGGGUUGUGAAGUUAAUCAAUGUAAAGACCUUUUUGGAUUAGAGUUGAUCAAGUGUACAAGGAAGUGCAUAUCACAGACUUGUUAUGACGAGUUAUAUGCCUGGGAUGAGGUAAAUAAGAAAGUGUCUGUCAUAUUAACAUGUUAGGUAUGUUGCAUGAUGUGUGUUCAAUCUUUGACCCCCUGGAGGGUACUUCACCAGUAUUUGUGUAUAGGUGAGCUGCUGAGGGUUAAAAACCUUGACCCUGCUGAGGACAAAACAAAGAUCCUAUUAUUUAAAACACAUACCUGUUUAUGACACAAUAAACUCAACUUGACGUCUUGUUUUAAAGCCAUUUAUUGGCAAUUGCAAUAGAGCAAAUUUACAUUAUCAUUUGCUUUAUUGUAUAAAUGGAGUACAAACAAUUUCAUCAAGCAAAUCAAGUCAAUCAUACAGGCAAUGCCCUGUUUAUAAUUAGGACUUGACUAAUUAGACUUGCACAAAAUUAUAUACCCUGUUUAGGACGGAGAGGACAAAAACCAUAUCCUGUCCUGCAACACAUCCCCGUAUAGGCCAUACAAGGGAAUACAUGUACACCUCCCUGGGCUUUGACUACCUGUAAAAGCUAAGAGUGUGAAUCCCUGUCCAAGCUUUUGCUUUAACUCCUUGCUGGGCCACACAUGUUGUGCACUUCUAAGCAAUGUUUUCACUGCUUUUCCAUUACACUUCAGUUCCUCAAAACAUUCAUUUUUCUUUUUACAAGGCACCAAUAACUGCUUUUGUCAAGUUUAAUGCUGAUAUAUCUAGUAGAAUUUCUUAUUCAUUUUUUUUGUUUUGUUUUGUUUUGUUUUAGAUUUUUUUUUACUGCAGAAAAUUACAUGUAUUAUUUUAUAGUUUCUAUUUUUUUUUUCACCUAUUAAUUAUUUACCUACUUAUUUACCAGUUAUCAUAAUUAUUUCUAACUGUUCAAUAUUAUUUUUCUUUAUUUCAAGCUUGAGGAAGGUGAGAUUGAUGUACGUCUAACUUCAUUCAAGGGUUGCGUCGUGAAGCAGCUCCAGGAACAGGAGAGCAGGAAUCGUGGAUUAUGA